GGGACAGUUCUGUGUCGCAGAAUUCAAGCCAUGGCUGCCGAAGAAACCGCCGUUUUAUGGCAUGAGCUCUAAGAUCAAAGGACUUGUCAGAGAAUCGGAUGACACGGUAUACAAUGAUUUCGCAGAUUUGGCCCUAUUUUUUCACUUCAUUACAUUUCGUAUGGAUUUUUGUGUCCCCUCGACCUGUACUCGAGAAGACAUUCAAAAAGUUUCCACUUUAAUUGCAAAGAAUCUGGAGUUUAAGGCAAGAGUAUUGAGAUGUGAGACAGCAAAUGAUCACGAAGUGUGGAAUAUAUACCAAAUCUCAACAAUUUCAAUUCUCAGCUUUAUUUCGUUUGCUAUAAUAAUAUCAACGUUAAUAACUCUGUCUAAAAACCAUUUACCCGUUGACCACUAUCUGCUCAAGUCAUCCACAGUUCAGUCACUUUCUCUCAUCGCUUCUUGGAAUGACAUCUUUGGCUCAAAUAGUGCUCGUAAUGGACACAAACCGAUCACUCUAUACGGCAUCCGAGCCAUUGUCUUGAUAUGGAUUAUUAUAGUCCAUACAGUAGUUGUGGUCGACUUCCAGUACUUUCGUGAAAUGCAGACAAUAAAAACACUGGCGAUGCAGUUUCCGGCCCAGUUGUUCACUAAUAACAAAGAGAUGAAUAUUUUCAUAUUUAUUUUUACAAACCCUGGACUCAUCUAUCAGUGUUUGCCAUUGGAUUCUAUGCCGGAGCUCUUCGACGGAUUAGUUAAAUCAUCAACGGGUUGGCCCAUUAGUAUAGUUAUCUUAUUAGUGCUAAUAUAUGGCUGUCACGACUGGGUUAUCGGAGAGUUGCCUGACUAUACAUUCAAACCAUUUGUGUCGGCUCUGUAUGACGCGACUCAGAAGAUCUUCUGGUCGUUAGCCAUUUGUUGGAUUCUCUUCACUAUAACCGCGAACUCAGAGCACGAAAAGCAGACAAUUGUCGAGAAAUUCUUUUGCCACAAAUUCUUCAAAUUCAUGGGACGUCUCACUCUUGUGGCAUAUCUUAUGCAUCCAAUUGUGCAGUCGAUGCUAUUGUCGAGCCAACAACAGCACCUCUACAGCUCCACUCUUCUUAUGGCCUAUGUAAUCAUCGGUAAUAUAAUAUUCACAUACUUUUUAUCGUUCGUGAUUUCAUGGAUUCUUGAGAUUCCGUUGUGUUCUCUAUUGAAUUCGCGGAUUAUUAAUAUCAAUGAAUUGCAAUUGAAUGACAAUCUAAGCGAUAAGUGUCCACCAAAUGACCACAAAAUGGGUCGUAAAGUGAAGACCGGAAAACAGCGAAAGGAUCGGUACUACCAUUUGGCCAAAGAGACCGGUUACAGAUCGCGCGCGGCCUUCAAACUGAUCCAAUUGAACCGCAAGUUUGAGUUUCUUCAGCGCUCAAAGGUGUUGAUCGACUUAUGCGCGGCUCCGGGCGGUUGGCUUCAAGUGGCCCAGAAGUAUAUGCCGGUGUCCAGUGUUGUGGUGGGCGUGGAU